GUGAGAGGCAGAGAGCGGCUCCAACUGUUGAAUUUUCGCUGCAUCUCCACUUCCCUGCUGGCGGCUGGUGCCAUGGAUCUGGUUUAUCGGGAGUCGGCGUUCCUUUUGCGUGCUGUCUGGCUAAGGCUGGCGACCGUCUGUUUGCGAGGGGCCACCCACCAAUGAGGCAGAGAAGAAAUUGUGCUUUUGCUUUGGCUUUCGCCAGCCUCUCCACCACAGGUUGCAGCAUUAACUCUGUACUUUGGGUCCGGACUCAAAUAAAGGAGAAAAAGCAGUGCAGGACUGAGACUCGGAACUAGAGCUGUGUGUUGGGAACCUAUGUUGUUUUGGGGUGUUUUCUUCUGUUUUUUUCUUUUUUCUUUUUUCUUUUAAUCUGAAAGAGCUCUGAUUAUUGCACACAUAACACUGAGGAAAGGUGGUUUAAAAACACUCAGCAAAACAGGAGACAGACGCGCCUCUGUGCCAGUUCGUGGAUAACAGCCUUGUUUUCCUGAUCCUCAGUCUCCCGGAGAAAGAGAAAGAGUGAGGGUGUUGGAAACAGAGGAGGAAAUACCGAUGGCAGCGAGAUGCAGCUCUCCGCCGCAAGCAAUGCAAGAUUAGAUCUCUAAAUGCAGCAAAACACUCCCUGAAAGCCAACAGCCCCGCGGUGCAAUCAGACAUUUCACUGCCUCUCACUGCACACGAAGAGGGCUCCUCCAACAAGCUGAGACUUUUUUUCCCUUCUGUCUCUCUCCCAUCCCUCCACUCCAUCAAUUGCAUCGCAAGUGAUGAGUAGCAAAUAAGAUUUUUCUCCCCCUGCUUACAGACCUGUGGCCACCACCCCCUUUUCCCGUGUAUGUAUGAAUACACGUAUUUAAAAAAAAAAAAAAAAAAAAAAUCUUUUUUUGAUCAUUUUUUAGAAACACAACCACCGCUGCUGAUUUUUUAUUAUUAUUAUUUUUAUUAUCCUUUGUACAUCUGUGAACAUUCAAGGAUCGGGAACGCUUCGUCUGCCCGGAGGAGAAGAUCUUUUGUAAAUUUUCUGAUUUUUUUUUUGCAAUCUUCCCACUGCCGAAGUUGGACUGCCGAAGUAACUGUGAGGGGACCGCAAUCACGGCGAGCGCUUCCUGAGACGCUGCCGGAGCUGCUCCCCCCUCCCCCGCCAUCCCCCUCCGUCUGCUCCCUCCCUCCCUCUGAGCUACAUGGUCCAUUUGCUGCCUCUCAUCCUGAGUCUCUGCAGAUGUUUUAGAGCAACAGGUUCAGGAACUUAAAAUAUAGGGGUGGGGAGAGAGAAGGAGAAAAAAAAAAAAAAAAAAAAAAAAAAAGAGAGAGACGACGGAGGAGGAAGAGCAAACCUAGUGCAGGAGGCAGAGAAGACAGGGACGACCCUGGUCACGACUGCAGCUGCUGCCAUUCCCCACCCCUGCUCGGGGAUGUACCUUUCCAUUUGUUGCUUCUUCCUCUGCUGGGCUCCUGCCCUGACACUGAAGAACCUGAAUUAUUCAGUGCCGGAGGAGCAGGGAGCAGGCACGGUCAUUGGGAACAUUGGCCGCGAUGCGCGGUUGGCAACGGGGACAGCAGGUGGUGGGCUGCUGCCUGCUGAGCGCAGUAGCCCCGGACGUGGAUCCAAGUCCACCUUCCGGGUGCUGGAGAACUCGGCCCCUCACCUCCUAGAUGUGGACGGGGAGAGUGGGCUGCUCUACACCAAGCAACGUAUUGACCGUGAGGCACUGUGCCGGCGCAGCACCAAGUGCCAACUGUCCCUUGAGGUGUUCGCCAACGAUCAGGAGAUCUGCAUGAUCAAGGUGGAGAUCCAGGACCUGAACGACAAUGCACCGACAUUCCCUUCUGACCAGGUGGACAUGGACAUCUCAGAAAAUGCUGCGCCAGGCACCCGCUUCCCACUCACCAGUGCUCACGACCCAGAUUCUGGGGACAAUGGGCUGCGAACCUACCUUCUAACCCGUGAUGACUACGGCCUCUUCUCUCUUGAUGUGAAGUCCCGCGGUGAUGGCACAAAGUUUCCGGAGCUGGUCAUCCAGAAGCCAUUAGACCGUGAGGAGCAGAGCCACCACACUCUGGUGCUGACAGCACUGGAUGGUGGCGACCCACCACGCUCAGGCACGGUGCAGAUCAAUGUACGCCUCAUUGACUCCAAUGACAACAGCCCUGUCUUUGAGGCAGCCUCCUAUGUGGUUGAACUGCCAGAGAAUGCACCAUUAGGGACAGCUGUUAUUGACCUCAAUGCUACUGAUGCUGAUGAGGGCACCAAUGGUGAAGUGCUCUACUCCUUCAGUGGCUAUGCACCUGAUCGUGUCCGUGACCUCUUUAGCAUCGACCCACAGAGUGGCCUCAUCCGUGUCAAGGGCAACCUGGACUAUGAGGAGAGUGGUCUCAUAGAGAUUGAUGUCCAGGCUCGAGACCUGGGGCCCAACCCCAUCCCUGCUCACUGCAAGGUCACCGUCCGCCUCAUUGACCGCAAUGACAAUGCUCCCACCAUUGGCUUUGUCUCCGUUCGCCAGGGAGCACUGAGUGAGGCUGCCCCACCAGGCACUGUCAUUGCCCUUGUGCGAGUCACUGACCGUGACUCGGGUAAGAAUGGGCAGCUCCAGUGCCGGGUGCUAGGAGGUGGUGGUGGGCCUGGAGCUGUCCCUUUCACACUGGAGGAGAACUAUGACAACUUCUACACUGUGGUCACUGACCGGCCCCUGGACCGUGAGGCACAGGAUGAGUACAAUGUGACCAUCGUGGCACGUGACGGGGGGAACCCCCCACUCAACUCCACCAAGUCGUUCUCUGUCCGAAUCCUCGAUGAGAAUGACAACCCACCCCGCUUCAGCAAGAAUCUUUAUGUAUUGCAGGUGCCCGAGAACAAUAUCCCUGGAGAGUAUUUGGGCUCUGUCUUGGCUCAAGACCCUGACCUGGGCCAAAAUGGGACAGUCUCUUACUCCAUUCUGCCUGGGCAUGUGGGUGACGUAUCCAUCUACACCUAUGUCUCCGUCAACCCAACCAAUGGUGCUAUCUAUGCCCUGAGGAGCUUCAAUUAUGAGCAGACAAAGCACUUUGAGUUUCGCGUGCUGGCCAAGGACUCGGGUUCACCCCAUCGUGAGAGCAACGCCACAGUACGUGUCACUGUGCUCGAUGUCAAUGACAACGCACCCCUCAUCGUCCUACCUGCCCUCAUCAAUGACACUGCUGAGCUGCAGGUGCCACGCAACGCUGGGGUGGGCUAUCCUGUGGGCACCGUUCGUGCCCUGGACAGUGACUUUGGGGAGAGUGGGCGCCUUACCUAUGAGAUUGUGGAAGGCAAUGAGGAGCACCUCUUUGAGAUGGACCCCACUAGCGGUGAGAUACGCACCUUGCACCCCUACUGGGAGGAGCUCAGCCCUGUGGCUGAACUAGUGGUAAAAGUCAGUGACCAUGGCAAGCCCAGCCUCUCUGCGGUGGCUAAGCUCAUUGUCAGGGCCUUGGCAGGGCCCCUACCCGAGGCUGGCGAGCCACAAGUGAAUGGCGAGCAGCAUCGGCGACCGCACUGGGACUUGUCGCUGCCCCUGAUCGUGACCCUGAGCACUGUCUCCAUCAUCUUGCUGGCUGCCAUGAUCACUAUUGCUGUGAAGUGCAAGCGAGAGAACAAGGAGAUCCGCACCUAUAAUUGUCGCAUUGCCGAGUAUAGCCACCCUCAGCUGGGAGGAGGGGGAGGCAGUGGCGGGGGAGGAGGAGGCAGUGGCAGUGGAGGGAGCAAGGGCAAGAAGAAGAAGAUCAGCAAGAAUGACAUUAUGCUGGUGCCCAGUGAGGGCGAGGACAGCCGGGGCCCCCUCAAUGUCAUGAACGUGGUGAGCAGCCCAUCCCUGGCCACCUCACCCAUGUACUUUGACUACCAGACCCGCCUGCCCCUCAGCUCUCCCAGGUCUGAGGUGAUGUACCUGAAGCCCGCCUCCAACAACCUGACUGUACCCCAGGGACAUGUGGGCUGCCACACCAGCUUCACAGGGCAAGGGACUAACGCCAGCGAGGCUCCCCCGAGCCGGAUGUCCAUAAUUCAGACAGACAAUUUUCCCGCAGAGCCCAAUUACAUGGGCAGCAGGCAGCAGUUUGUUCAAAGUAGCUCCACAUUCAAGGAUCCAGAAAGAGCCAGCUUGAGGGACAGCGGGCAUGGGGACAGUGAUCAGGCUGACAGUGACCAAGACACUAACAAAGGCUCCUGCUGUGACAUGUCUGUUAGGGAGGCACUCAAGAUGAAAACUACUUCAACUAAAAGCCAGCCACUUGAACAAGAACAGCAAGGCAGAGGCCAAAGACCCAUUGUUGGGAUCUGUGGACCAGCCCGUUGUGAGGAUGGAAAAUUUUCAGAACAAGAAGAAUGUGUUAACUGCACAGAUGAAUGCAGAGUGCUUGGUCAUUCUGACAGAUGUUGGAUGCCACAGUUCCCUGCAGCCAGCCAGGCUGAGAAUGCAGAUUAUCGCACAAAUCUCUUUGUACCCACAGUUGAAGCUAAUGUUGAGACUGAGACUUACGAAACUGUGAACCCCACUGGGAAAAAGACUUUUUGUACAUUUGGGAAAGACAAGAGAGAGCACACUAUUCUCAUUGCCAAUGUUAAACCUUAUUUAAAAGCCAAACGUGCCCUGAGUCCUCUGCUUCAGGAGGUUCCCUCAGCAUCGAGCAGCCCAACCAAGACAUGCAUUGAGCCUUGCACCUCAACAAAAGGACCUCUGGAUGGUUGUGAAGUGAAAUCAGGAGCCUUGGCUGAACCAAACAGCCAGUACUUGUCAACUGACAGUCAGUAUCUAUCGCCUAGUAAACAGUCAAAAGACGCUCCCUUCAUUACAUCAGAUCAGAUGGCUAGGGCCUUUGCAGAUGUGCAUUCCCGAGUGAGCCGAGACUCGAGUGAGAUGGACUCUGUUCUGGAACAGUUAGACCGUUCAGCCCGGGAUCUAGGCAGGGAGUCGGUGGAUGCCGAGGAAGUUGUGAGAGAAAUAGACAAGCUCUUGCAGGACUGUCGGGGAAAUGACCCUGUGGCCAUCAGAAAGUGAGGGGGAAAAUAAGGACAGGCUGGCAGUUACAUUCCUCUUCUGCUGAUUAAAACUAAUUAAAAAAAAAAUAAAAUCCCCUGGUUGUAACAGAUUUACAGGAAUGAAGGAAGACCAAUGCUGCUUUAAGGCUUUUAGUGAACAUCUGAAGUGCCCACAAGUAUGUUCUUUUCACUGCUCUUUCUUUUUGACAGAUAACACUGGUUUCAUUUUGACCAAACUUUCAUUAGGACAGAGUCAAGUACACAAAGAACUAUAUGAAUAAAGGAAAGACGGUGCCAUUUUGACAAUCUGAUAGGAAGGUGUGAGAAAGGUGGAAUGGAAAUACGUCUGAUACUUUAAGACUGUCCUCAAUAGCUGAUGCUGACUUUACUGUUUACGUAUAAACCCCAAGAAAAACAGGGUUGAAUAUUUCUAUUCUGUGGUGGAUUGCCAGCAGUCACCACAGGCUUCUACAGAAAGUCUUAAAAGAGUUCUUGUAGUAGUCCAAGUGACACCAAACAUUAACAUUCAUUUGUGGUAAACAUUUAUGUACAAAGUUAUCUGCCACAAAUAAGAGAGGAAAGAAAAAAAAAAAAAAAAAAAGAACAAGAAAACAAAAACAACACCAUUCCAGAUCAUUUUUCAACCAGACAUAUCCUGAUCAUCAGUAAAACACUUCAUAUCAUAUUAAGAUUAAAUGUAAAAUGAUAUAGUCCAUCUUGUCCUGCACACACAUCAGCUAAUUCACUUGAAGAAGAAGAAAAAAAAUAGUAUCUAUUUAGCAUUUUAGUGUCCAACAAAACUAUAAAUAGUUAGUAGUAAGUUAAAAAGAAAAAAGAGGAGAAAAAUAUCUUUUAAAAAGUUACCUUUCAGGCUAAUACACAAAAUAAAUUAAUGUUCUUAACACUUUUUAAUUAAUUUGUGGACACUAAAAUAGCUCAGGAAAGUGAAAAUGUCUUAGACAUCCACACAAAUCACACGAUCAUAUAAAUGUGCAAAUGUAAGAAGAUUCAGUGUGUUUACAUCAAAUGACAUAUUUUUAUUGAUUUAUUGCAGAUUCAGUGCAUAUGAGCCAAAUUGUUGAGUGUAUAAGAGCUAUAUUGUGUAUUUUAUUAAAUUAAUAUAUAGUUGUGUUGCAAAAAUAUUUGGGCUUAUAUUGUAAAUGGCAAGUGUUGCCUCGGUAGCUGUCGAACUCUAUGAGUUUUGUUUUUUUCUGCUUCCUUUUCCCCAUGGAUUUUGGGAAGCAGUGGCUCAGAGCAAAGUCUCUUGUUUAAUGUAUGGUCUACGAAGUACUGCAGUACAUAAUCUGUUCAAAAUGUGUUUGAGUGGAGCUAACUGAAUGGCCUACAAAUAUAUCCAUCAGCCAUGGUUUUGUGCAAGUCCUUGUAGAAGCUUCUAUUGCAAACUCAUGUUUAUUAACAAAAAUUACUCUUGAACCAACACCUGGAACCUUCUUAUUUAUUUUGAUUUGUUUUAUUUUGUUUUCCCCAAAUAUGUGUAGCCAGCCUGUUUAGUGCAGGAUAUUUGAUUGACUUCUUAAGAAAUGUCACCCUUUUCAAAGUUUUGAUAUUUAGCUGAGAGAUCUGAAACGUAUGUCAGUGCCAAAACUUGUCAAGGCAUAGCAGUAUUUUCUCCGUUUCUUUAGACUGUGCAAUUGCAUCCUGCAGUUCUAAUUAUAUACUGUAUAUUUUGGGGGAUUGUUUCUGAUUUUGUUUUCAUUUGUUCUGAAAAAUAUUUGCAGAAUAAUUUGGGAGAGCUUCAAUUUU